AUGGAAGGCAGUACAAGUUGGCAGAUGAUGGUAAAGCUGGAAAUAGGAUGGGAGAAGAAGAAGGGAAAGCACCACCUAAUCCAAAAUCUAUAUGAAGAUAGUCACUUGGAAUCCAUUUAUGGAUUGCAUACCAUUGCUCAUAGGUGUGACAUGUGGGAAGCACUAAGGAGGAUAGAUUCUCAGAUGAAUAACUCCUGGCUAAUCAUGGGAGACUUUAAUGCAAUAAGGGAUAUUGAAGAUAGGGUAAAUGGCACAGUGGUACAGGAAAAUGAGAUCAAAGACUUUAGAUCUCUAAUGGAGGACUGCAGAUUGAAUGAAGUUGGAACUGUGGGUAGAUCUUAUACAUGGAGAAAUAGCCGUUUUUAUAGUAGAAUCGACAGAGCCAUAGUCAAUGCACACUGGAUGAUAAACAUGCCUCCAAUGCAAGUACAUGUGAUGGAUCCUCAGUUCUCUGAUCAUUCUCCAUUAUGUAUAGAGUUGGAAGUAGAACUGGAACAUAAAGGGAGACCUUUCAAGUUUUUUAAUUGUCUUGCUGAGCAUCCAGAUUUUGAUAGUAUAAUUAGAGACAUAUGGAAUAAGGAGAACAGAAGUAUGAAAGACAUCUGGCACAAUCUAAAAAGUGUCAAAGUGGCCCUUAAGAGUCUGAACAAAAGGGAAUUUACCAGUACAACAAACGAGGUUCAACAAUUGAGGGAGGAGUUAGCCAACAUUCAAGCACAGAUGAGAACCACUACAACAAUAGCUGACAUGUUUGAAUCAGAAAGAAAUGCAAAAAAUCAACUAGAAAAAUGGAGUACAAUAGAGGAGAGCAUCUAUAGACAAAGAUCUAGAAUCCAAUGGCUCCAAUUGGGUGAUACCAACACAGCCUUUUUCUUUGCAAGCAUGAAAGGGAGAGCAGCAUAG